CUGGCUUUUCUGAAGAUUACAGAUAAUUAAGGUAACCUCAUGGAAGUGAAUGUCUCCCAAAACAAUAACAGUCAAAUAUUUGUCUAUGGCAAAAAUAUACAAUCUAACUUUUACAGGGUGGUAUUGGCACAGGUACUUGUGUGUGUCUUCCUCUACAUCAACUUGGUGAUGCUUUUCUCGUUCUUUAAAAAAGAAGCCUUUCGACAGGAUACUCGUUACAUUUUGUUUGCUCACAUGUUGUUUGUGGAUACUAUGGUGCUGAUAGUAACAGACUUAGGAAUGCUCUUGAUAUACUUCUGUAUAUUGGUUCCAGGUGUGUAUUGUAUCCUAUUCUGCACAUUUAUGGAAACCCUUACUUCUUACACGCCAUUGACUCUGACCGCCAUGUGCCUGGAGCGCUACAUUGCUAUCUGUAUUCCAUUGAGACAUGCAGAGAUCUCCACAGUUCAACGCACUCUUUUUGUCAUUCUGUUUAUCUGGAUAUUUGGAUUCAUCCUCUGCAGUACUGAUUUUUUCGCUGUACUUGCAACACAGCCUGAGAGUUUUUAUCUGGAGAGCUAUAUUUGCAGCUAUGAAAUAAUGCUAAUAUAUGUCUGGCAAUCUGAUCUGAGAUCAUACAUCUGCCUGGUGGUAUUUAUAUCAGUGUUCCUCUUUAUUGCACUGACUUAUGUAAAAAUUAUGCAUGCAGCAAGAGCAGCUUCUGUAGAGAAAACCUCUGCCUCCAAAGCUCGAAACACUGUUGUUUUGCAUGCUUUUCAGCUUGUUUUAUCUUUAAUUUCCCUGAUUUGCCCUUUUGUUGAAAAGUUCAUUAUGCAAAUAAAUUUUCAGAUUUUUUCAGAUGUGCGCUACUUUAAUUUUCUUACUUUUACGUUAUUUCCCAGAUGUUUAAGCCCACUUAUUUAUGGUUUAAGAGAUGAAAAAUUCUGUUCUGUUUUUCAAUAUUAUAUAAUCUGUGGAAUGAAUAAACCCACUCUACAAAAUUAGAGAUGUAGAAUUCUGAUCAAAGUGGUGCUCCAGUUUAUAUCUAGUAACACCACUAAGUUUAUAUUAGAUGUAUUUGAGGUAUAAACUAGCAGUUUCAUAGUUACAUCAAAAGCUGUGCACAAGUACAAUAUAAUU